CCAUAGCAACACAUGACGAUGGAUUUCGUCACAGGUAUGCCGGCCGGAUCCAGCGAAAACAACGCAGUAUUGGUUGUCGUCGACCGAUUGAUGAAAAUGGCGCAUUUUGCACCAUGUCGUACAACCAUCACAGCCGAGGAAACCUCGCAACUGUUCAUCUCGACCGUUGUUCGCCUACACGUGAUACCAGCAGCAAUCAUUAGCGAUCGAGACCCGAAGUUCACUUCGAGAUUUUGGCAGGACACGUGGGCUCGGUACGGCACGUGCCUGCAAUUCUCAUCCGCUUAUCAUUCCCAAACGGACGGUCGGACAGAGAGGACAAAUCAAACAAUGGAACAGUUGAUUCAGACAAACUGCCGCAACCGAAAAUGGGAGGACGUGCUUCCCAGGUUGGAAUUCUCUUACAACAACGCGCCCUCAGCUACGACAAAUCACUCCCCAUUUUACCUCAAUUACGGGAUGGACCCCACAGUACCUAUCUCCACCAACGUUGAGAGUCAAUGACCGCCCAGUUGCGCCUACCUGAU